AUGGUGUAUAUAGGUGUGUCGGAGGAGAGAGAGAGAGUGGCUGCUAAGUCCAUGGCGAUGGGUUCUGAGAGAACAAAGCCUCUGCACAAUUUCAACUUGCCGUGGGAUUUGAAGUGGGGGAACCAGAAGCACCUAAGGUGCAUGAAGGUGAGCUCCGACGCCGGCGGUAGUACCGGAGAAGCCUCGGCCGUUGAUCGGCGAUCUUCGGCUCAGAGAUUGGAGAGUUCGGUCAUGAUGACUCGGCGGAGGGAAUCGGAGUUUGAGAAGCGGAGGUUUCGGGCUCCUCGGCCGAGGAUCGAAAACGACAACGCAGAGGAAGGGAUCGACGCGGUUAGGGAGAAGCUCAUGUUUGAUCUCAAAACGGCGGCGGAUAAGAUGAAGGACGCGAUUUUGAGGGAGGAGGAGGUGGCGGUGGCGGCUGCGGAUACUGACAUGGCGGCGGAUGGGGAAGAUGUUGAGAUGGCGGAGGAGGGGGAAUCAUCGCCUGCGGCGGCGGCAGAGGUCAGGCCGUGGAAUCUGAGGACGAGGAGGGCCGCGUGUAAGGCUCCUCUUGGUGGUGGUGGUGCGAAGGGGUUGAGAAUCGAGGAGAAGAAGGCGAAUUACUCGCCGUUGAGGAGUGAGGGUAACAAUGGCGUGAAGUCGCCGAGGCCGGUCAGAGGGGCUUCAGGUUCGGGUUCGGGUUCGGGUCCGGAGAAGAAAGAGAAGGAGAAGGAGAGGGUCAAGUUCGCAGCGUCGCUUACCAAGAAGGAGAUCGAGGAGGAUUUCAUGGUGAUGCUCGGCCACAGGCCUCCCCGCCGGCCAAAGAAGCGCCCAAGAAAUGUUCAGAAGCAAUUGGAUACGUUGUUUCCGGGGAUGUGGUUGACGGAGGUCUCAGCUGAGACGUACAAGGUUCCUGAGUUCCCUGAAACUGCCAAGGUAGCAGUGGGAGUGAAUGAUGGCUUCUGUGGAAUGUUUCAAGGCUCUGUUUUUCUGACUGCUGCUGCUUGCAACGCUAAUUAG